AUGGACUCUGUCCCUCCUACACCCUCCAUCGAAUCAUUAGAUUUAUUAUCCGAUGACGUCCUACGCGCCUCCACAACCAUCAACGAUCUCCUCUCGUCCUUCUCGCGCGCUACGACCCCUGAUGGCACAUCAUUUGUCGGGGAACUACGUUGCUGUUGCGGAAGGGACGAAUGCGAGAAUUAUGAGCGUUGGACAAAGAUGAGGGAGAAGAUGGAGAAGAGGCUGAAUUUGAGCGCAGAGAUUGGUCAGGCCCUGCUGCAGAGGAAUGAUGCGUACAUGCGUCAACAAGAUGUUCAGACUAAAAAGGUCGAAGAGCUCGAAAGGAGGCACCGGGAGGCUAUAAGUCAACUGUCCGCCGUGCGGCAGGCUAACGACCAACUCGUGGCACGGAUGUCAGAUCUUGCAAAGCAGAAUGGCACAAUUGAAAAGCGAUUGUCACAGUCCCAACUGAACCUUGAUCUUGCGGAUGCCUCCAACCGAAGUUUGUUGCACGAAGUCGCUGAGAAGCGCAACUCCUUGCAGAAGUUGCAGCAUCACAGCGCGCGAUUUUCUGGUUUACAGGCACGAGUCGAUGACCUCACCCAGGAGAACAACGAUCUUCGAGAUGAAAUGAGCGAACAUGAUCGUCGGACACAGGCUGCGGAGUCGAGAGCUGCUGCGCUAGCUCAGCGAUGCGAGGAUCUGGAGUUGGCCAUACAGAGAAUAGAAGACUCGCGUGACGCGGAUAAACAGUCGCAGGAAGAAGCAAUGCAGGAGCUCGUUACUACCGCUCGCUCGCGGAUCGAGUCUAUGCGUUCGACGCUAGCCCAGACGUCCGGAUCGGCCUUCAUGUCAAGCACGGAGAUGGCAGAGGUACUCGAGGGGUUGGUGACAGAUAACGAGGCGCUGAAGCGGGACAAUGGGGAACUGCGGAAUCUGCUGGUGGAAACGAGGGAGAGCUCGAGGGCACUGCAGGACGAACUGGACGAGUUGCGUGCCAUGGGCUUUGGGGGACGGCCCUUGCAGACUGUGGAUGAAAAACUUGGAGGUGCCACAAGCCCGUUCAGCCAUAGUCGGCGGAUAUCACUGGCGUCAGUGAAUGGCGUUAACCAUUACCGGAAGACCAGCUCGGUCAGUAUUCCCACAGCUAUGCCCUAUCGCCGCACGGAGCAACUCGCAACGCCCUCGCUCCCAUCGUCAGUUCCACAUUCACCGCAUAUACGCAGCAUGUCACCUGGAAUGCGAAGCGUAUCUCCGGUCUUCGCUUCUUUCGUGCAGGCGCAGCAGGCCAAGGCAUAUGGGCGCGAGCCCGUCCGGAGCCCUCGAAGUUUCGCAACGAACGACUUGUGUCCACUCUCUCCCGAUUCUCAAGCGCAGGACUCCUUCCCUCGUCCGCCAUCCCGUCUCAGCUCAGAGUACGAGCCUGAAACGAGUACCCAGGAAUCGCAGGACCUCGAGUCGGAGCCUGUCAAGCCUAAGACACGCCCUCUGAUGCUCCUCAGCCGAUCAAGAGGUGUGCAGGCUGAUUUAUUGCCUACAUUCGAUCCUCCAAUCUUGGAUGACGACACGAGCACUCCCAUUUCUGGCCGUUCAAGAACAGUCACGAUGGAAGAAGUCCCAGCUGGACAGACUCUGCCAGAACUCAUCUCACGAGUUACUGGCCUUAUGAAUAGGCUGAACCAAGCUGAUGUGGCGACACUCACUCAGAGGCUCAAACGACAACGCCUUGCAGGAGAUGUAGGACACCUGUCGAAGACGACGAUCAAGUCUAUCAUUGGCGAUGUCAACGGCUUGCGCGCCGACUUCCACGUGGCUAUCAAUGGUGCAGCUGCGCAGGAGAGUGAACUAUCGAAGGCCGACCUGCGAGCACUUAUUAAGAUCUUCAAAGAUCUCAUCAUCCACCUCGCACAUCUGCGUGAGAUUGUCAAUGAUGUUACGUUGGAUCCGUCAUCCGCAGCAAAGUUGACAGAGUCGAAGCCUCCGGUAAACAUUGCUGCAGAAGAGCUGAAAACUCUCCGAAGACCUGCGUCUGCUAUGGGAGGAUGGAUCGCGCCUAUUUCAAAACUGUUUGGCGGAAGUCCUGACAUGGACGAAGGAGCAUCUUUCGCCACUAGACCGAAACCAUCCACCGGCUUGGGGUUGGCACAGCCUAUUCCCAAGCCAGCCCCAAAGCUCUUGCCAGAAGUUGCGCCAUCCGUCACAACCGUCAAUGUCGAGUUCGUUGGUUCAGGAGUCAUCCGACGGGCCGUAUCCACCGCUCCUCGCGAUCCUGUGGUGCAGCUUCCUCCCUCUCCAGAUGCUUCUGUAGGGCAUCCCGAGCUGCAGCCGGCCCCCAUCGUCGUUGCUGGUGACCAGACUCUCCUCCAUCCCCGUCCAAGAAGACAUGAUGAUGGUCGACGAGAGCAACUGCGCAGUAUUUUCGCUGGUUCGAGAAUGGCACCUCCUUCAGAAAGCUGGGUGGUGCUACCCCGUCCAAAGCCGAGCUUGGCAGGAACGUCACUGGACAUCAGAGAUGCAGAAAGUCGAAUAGGGGCUUCGAAGAGGAUGUCAACCCAUGUCGAUGCAAUGCUCGAUUCAUUACAGCCUCCUCCCAGCCAUGUGCCAGCUGACUUCCAUCCCACACUACUGGAUCGUACACUACGCCGGAGAGGGCUAUCAGAUUCAUCCAUGCACUCAACGUUCAUGCAAGCUGCCCCACACAUCAACCCCUCCCUUAUCCAACGUUGGGUCAUAUUCAGAUCGACCUUCGAUUUUGCAAUCAUGGUCGCGGAAGGUGUCUAA